UUCUUCUUUUAACUAUUCAGGAUGGUUUUACGUGUUAAAAUCUAGAAGAAAUAUUGGCAAUAUUCUUAUGUAGCUGCUUUUGCAUAAUAAAAUUUAAAAAAUCCUUUUUUUAUAUAAUAAAGCCAUUCCUCUAUUUUCCCUGAAAACAGUGUUUCUAAAUUUAUUCUGUUUUCUGAGAAAUUACCAUUUAUAGGUCACAUUAUAUAGCCUAUGCUGUGAAACGGCCGUCCCAUGUUAUGCUUUAAUUGCGUAGCCAAUCCUGGAUUUUCCAUGUAUAAGAAUGUAUAUAUUUUUUAUUUGGAUAUUGCAACUCAAUAGAACAUAAAAAAUAAUUUUAAAAAAAUUUCUGCUAUUUCCUACAGUGCAUCCAAACCCAAGUGUCAACCCUUGACAGGUUUUUUUUAGCAGUAUGGAAGCUGCCAGCACUGACUUGGAAUGUGCUAUAGCAUGUAACCUGACACACAAAAAAGAAUUAUUAUGUUUGAUAGGUACAUGUAAUAAUUCCUUUUAAACUACUAAAAAUUAUCCAUCUAGGGUUGACUUUUUGGGUUUGGAUGCACAGUAAGGAAUCACAUAAUUUUUUAAAGUUAUUAUUUACGUUCCAUUGUGUAAUAAUAUCCAUAUGCAAAAUAUACACAUUCUUACAUAUGUAAAACCACAGAAUCUGUAACGCAUUUAAAGCACAACAUGGCAAUGGCCACUUCACUGCAUAGGCUCAUGGUAAUUUCUCAGAAACCAGUAUGAAUUAAGAAACGCUGUUUACAGGGUAAAUAGAGGAACACUGUUAGUAUUCAAAAAAAUGUAUUUUUGGGAUUUUAUUAUUAAUGUACAGAAAAGCCAUGACUUUAGAAUUUUAUCAAAAUAAUUAUAUUAUUGUUUUAACGAUAAGUGGUUAACUGCAAUAAAAAAAUGCUGUAAAAUUAUGACAUUGACUGGUUAGGUAAGGUAACCCAAAUGUAUAAAACCUAAUGUAACCAACCAUCUAAAACUACUUCAUGGUAUUUCAAAUCUAGCUAUCCUAUCCUAACCUAACCAACUGUUAAAACUUGCAACUACCAGUAACUUGCUAGAAAUAUUGCUAUCUCCUUUACUUAAUAAUUAGGAAACAAAAAGAACAAAAAUAUAACUUUUCAUGAUUCUUUAAUUUUUUUAUAGAAAACAAACUCUCAUUGGCAAAUUUUCUGGUCUGCAUUGCCUUCCCCAUUAUUAAUUACAACCAGUAAAAAUAAACCUGUUUUCAGGAAAAAUUAAAGCCAAUUUCCAUAAAUAGGUUUUUUUUUUACAAUUUGAAGGGAAUCUAAAGCUGUAUUUUUUAAGUUUUUUUUUUUUUUUUGUACUUUCAAAUUAUUCCUAACUAGUGAGACCCACAUUGAUUACAAAGGCUACACAAAUUAAAUAUUAACUAGCCAAAUAAUUAUAAUUUCUUUAAUCUGGUAAAUCUAUUUUGAAAUUUUUAUAACCUAUAACGUUUACUUUAAUUAAUAGUCCAAUAGCAUCGUACCAUGUUGAAUAUUGCACGGAUCAAAUUAUCGACACCGAACAAAUGUCGCAUAGAAGCGGGGGAAUAAAAUAAAUAAAUUAGCAAUAUUUCCUUCAACCAUAUUUCCUCCUUUCCUGAGCUCUACUGUGCCCCGCCAUGUUGCGCCCGAUAUCUGACCCGCUUACGCCAAGGCUUCUAGUCUGUCGGGUCUCGGCGCGUCCAGUCACAUUUUGCGGAUGAGAAAUCAAGAGUGAGAAAGUGGGAGGGGACUGUCACGGUUAUACACUUGCUACUGCGGGCAGUGGCUACGCGCAGUGUUUUGCAGUAACUUACUAAACACCAAGUUUGUAAGGUAGCAUAAAUUUUCGCGACCAAAGUUGACUUUGCACUUGCAUUAGCGAAUAAACAUUUGCUAAACAAAACACGUGUUUGCCCUCGCGGUGAACAAACUAUCCUGCGCAGGCGCGGAAACUGGCAGUACAAACGUCUCGCUUCUUCCGAUCUACAAUACAUGUCACUGACUACAUAAGUAUUUAAGUGUUCGUUUUAGUGUUGUCAUUCAACAGUGCACUGCGAACUCGACCUGCGUCACAAUCUUCAUCGACAUGUCAGCAGAACAUCCACCUAGCAGCAGUCAGAGCAUCAUCCGGGCCACGAACGUGACGGCGCAGGAGCACCGCGUGUCCCGGGAGAAGAGGGGCGAGAUCCUGGGCCGGCUGCGCAGGUUCUGCGGCUGCACCGUGUGGUUCACAGGGCUGUCCGGCGCGGGCAAGACGUCCGUGUCCUUCCAGCUGGAGGCGUACCUGGUGUCGCGCGGCAUCCCCGCGUACGGCCUGGACGGCGACAACGUGCGCACCGGCCUCAACAAGAACCUGGGCUUCUCGAAGGAGGACCGCGAGGAGAACAUCCGCCGCGUGGCGGAGGUGGCCAAGCUGUUCGCCGACAGCGGCGUGGUGGCGCUGUGCAGCUUCGUGUCGCCCUUCGCCAAGGACCGCGCCCUGGCGCGCGACGUGCACCGCGACGCCGACCUGCCCUUCUUUGAGGUGUUCAUCGACACGCCCAUCGAGGAGUGCGAGCAGCGCGACGUCAAGGGCCUGUACAAGAAGGCGCGCCAGGGCGCCAUCAAGGGUUUCACCGGCGUGGACCAGGCGUACGAGAAGCCGGACAGCCCGGACCUGGUCGUGAAGACCGUGGGCGUCACCGUGGAAGAGAGCACGAUGCAAGUGAUCGACUUCCUGGAGGCUCACGGCAUCAUCCCGCCGACGAUGGGCCAGGACGGGGAGGCGGUGCGCGAGCUGUUCGUGCCCCGGGAGCGCGCGGCGGCCGCCCGGCGCGAGGCGGAGUCCCUGGCGCAGCUGGAGAUCAGCUCCGUGGACCUGCAGUGGGUGCAGGUGCUGGCCGAGGGCUGGGCCGCGCCGCUCAAGGGCUUCAUGCGCGAGGACGAGUUCCUGCAGAGCCAGCACUUCAACUGCCUGCUGGAGAACGGGCUGGCGGCGCACAGCCAGUCCGUGGUGAUCGCGCUGCCCGUGGCGGCGGCGGACAAGGAGCGUCUGGACGGCUCGCGGGCCUUCGCCCUGGCGCGCGGCGGCCGGCCGGUGGCCAUCUUGCGCGCGCCGCAGUUCUACAGCCACCGCAAGGAGGAGCGCGUGUGCCGCCAGUUCGGCACGGCGCACGCCGGCCACCCGCACGCCAAGAUGAUCUACGAGAGCGGCGACUGGCUGGCGGGCGGAGACCUGGAGGUGCUGGAGAGGGUCCGCUGGGGCGACGGCCUGGACGAGUACCGCCUCACGCCCAACGAGCUGCGCGCCCGGUUCCGGCGCAUGGGCGCCGACGCCGUGUUCGCCUUCCAGCUGCGCAACCCCGUGCACAACGGCCACGCGCUGCUCAUGCAGGACACGCGCCGCCUGCUGCAGGAGAAGGGCUACCGGAAGCCCGUGCUGCUGCUGCACCCGCUGGGCGGCUGGACCAAGGACGACGACGUGCCCCUGCCGGUGCGCAUCAGGCAGCACGAGGCGGUGCUGCAGUCGGGGGUGCUGGACCCCGAGCUCACCGUGCUCGCCAUCUUCCCCUCGCCCAUGCUGUACGCCGGCCCCACCGAGGUCCAGUGGCACGCCAAGGCCCGCAUGGUCGCCGGCGCCAACUUCUACAUCGUGGGCAGGGACCCCGCGGGGCUGCCGCACCCGGACAAGGCGCUCGGCAGGGACCUCUACGACGCCACGCACGGCGGCCGCGUGCUCAAGAUGGCGCCCGGCCUGCAGCAGCUCGAGAUCAUCCCCUUCAGGGUGGCGGCGUACGACCGCGCCAACAGCCGCAUGUCCUUCUUCGAGCCCGAGCGGAAACAAGAUUUCGAAUUCAUAUCUGGGACCAAAAUGAGAGGUCUCGCUCGCUCGGGCCAGCAACCUCCCGACGGCUUCAUGGCGCCCAAGGCAUGGGAGGUCCUGUCCGGGUACUACCAGUCCCUCCAGUGAGAAGCAGCUGCACAUAUCCUGUCAUUAUAUUCACAGCACACUAUUUUAUCGAUGGUCUAGAAUGUAAACCUCAUGCUCUACAGGUUGUCAUUUACAUUCCUCGAAUAAGAGCAUGGAAGUGAACAGCCACGUGAUGCAGCAAAGUCCUAACAUUCCAUUCAAGCUAAAAAAAAAAAAGCAGAAAGUAUUAAGGUUCUUGCCAUUUUAACCAAUUUUACGUUGAAAGCUGCUGCAUCACAAGCCUGUGAACUGUGGAAUAAUACAGUCAUUUAGGAAUUGGCAGAUCAUGGGGACGGUAUUGUGUGUAGAUGAUGAUUUAUCAUUAAAAACAGAUAUUUCAUCUAUCAUAGUGAAAAUACUAAAAAUUGAAUGAAGGAAUUAGCGCUUAUAUCGUCGACAUUGUGCAUGAGGGAGGGAUGAGAAAGAAUGGAGCAUGGGAAAAAGAAACACUAAGCAAAACCACCAGUCCACUGCAAAUUUGCAAAGUUUCCUACUUACGAAAAAUCCAGGUUAUGACUGACCAGGAAUAUUGAAACUUAAAUCACCUUGAUGAGCAGUGAGUGAUGUGUGAUUAAUCAAUCAAUCAUAGUGGUCAUUGUAAAAAUUAACUUAGAUAUGAAUCACAAAGAACUUUUUAAACUGUGUAAAUAGGAACACACUGUUGUGUUAAACAAGAAAUUAUAUUGCUAAUAAAAAAAUAACAGGUAAUAAUUCUAAACACACACUGUCAUACUGGAGGUACAUACACAGAACAGCCAUAUGCUUGAUAAUAAUGACCAAUGACCUAUUAUCGAAAGGGAAGGUAUGAUAAAGAGAUACCAUUUGUGUCUGUUGUGUCCUUGGUUGGAGAGAGCCUUUUAAUAAGCCAGUUGAAAAUAGUAUUAGGCCUGAGGGUAGGCAGCCUCUUAACUAGUUACAAACCAAUGCCUAAUGGCGUACAAGCAGGGUCAUGAUCAAUCUACUUAAAAAAAAUUGUAAGUAAACAGUUAAAUUUAAUUGCUUCUUUUAUUGUAAUUAAAUAGGUACAUUCCUAAUUAUACUCCUUCAACCAGGAUGGUAAACACAAAAUAAUAUUUCAGAAUUUUUAUGUAUAGAUUUUUUAGUAUAUAUUUAUGUUGAUGUUUAUAUUUUAGACCACUGUUAUGUUUGUUCAUUGUUGACAAUAAAAACAGUAUUAACACAAA